ACUACACACUUCAGUUAUUCGUGCUUACAAUGGGUACACACAGAGCAGCACUAGAGCACAUAGAAUCCAAUGGAUGGAGUUAUUAGCUAGCACUGCAAGACAGACAAACAGACAGACAUAUUGCUAGCUGGCAAUGCAAACAAUACAAACAAUGUGCAAUGGGCGAGACAUCUAGAAAUUAAUUGAGAAGACUGAAAUUCGGAUUUGUGUGGCAUGCAAGAAGUUUCGGGCCCGUGAGCAGAGGCCCUUCGCAUAUCCUACUAGAGUCAACUAGAAAUUCCCAACCCUGUAAGACCCCCCCGGCACCACCAACCACAACAUGGAGAUACCCAUUUCGAAUAUACUGCUGCUGUGCCUGAUCUUUUUGCUGAUUGGCGGUGUCAUCAUGAUACUGUUACAGUAUCUGAUAUUUAUAAAGUUCUCCAAUCUGCCUGACGAGAGCGAGGAGCAAAAGCGAAUGAAUGCCAAGUAUACCCUUCCUGUGAACAUCAAACAGACAGCAAGGAAUCUCAAGGCCCCGCCCAAUCCCAUCAACAGCUGCGAGAACCAUCAGGAGAGUCUCCAGGGUGCCUCAGCUUUGAUUUCCCUCAACUUUGUGAUGCAGUUUUUAUUCCAUGAGUUCAAAAACUCGAAUCGAGUGCGUAAGUGGUUCUAUCGGAAGCUCUCCAUAGAACUGGACGAGUUGAUAACGAAGACAACCACCGGCAAGCUACUGGACAAGCUAACGAUCAAAGAACUGGAGCUGGGAGAUCAGUUUCCGGACAUCAAAUCUCUCUCCGUGCACAAUGUGGAGCUGGAUGAGCGUGAGCAGCGCAUCGAGAAUCUGGAUCUGCUGCUGGACAUCAACUAUGUGGGCAACUUCUCAACGUCCAUCGAUGCGGACAUGGUGCUGGGCAAGAAGGGUUCCAUCACGCUGAAGGUCAAGCAACUGUCGGGCAUGGCGCGUCUGCAGUUCACGCGAAAGCCGUAUACCCACUGGUCCCUGAGCUUCCUGGGCGAUCCGGAGCUGAUUCUUGAUAUCGAAUCAAAGUACCAGGGUCGUCAGAUGCAAUCGAACAUCACCAAUCUCAUCUCCAAUCAGAUACGCAAGGCGGUGAGGCGGAAACACACCCUGCCCAACUACAAGCUGCGCUACAAGCCCUUCUUCCACUGGACGGCCGAGGAGGAGGUCGUCGACUGUGACAUUCAGCCGAAUGGUCUACUCAGUGUGAAGGUGGCCGAGCUGUCCCGCCUGAUGCCCUGGACAUCGCCGGGCAAUGGCGAUACCUACUGCACCAUUACCCUGGCGCCGGUGCCCUUCAUCGAAGCGCAUCAGAAGGACCACCGGCAUGUGCUCAUCUCCCUGGACGUGUUCAUCCACAAGGCGAAGAACCAGCAGAUUGGCAUCGUCUUCAAGCAGAGCACCAGCCAGCUGGUGCGGAUUGAGUCCGUGCUGCCGAAUACACCGGCAUGCAAGUCCAAUCUCAUUGCCGGCGAUGCACUGGUGGCCAUUGAGGGCAAGCAGGUGACGACCAUCCAGCAGAUAGCCAAGGUCGUGAAGACCCUUCAGGCGACCGUCUUUUGUCUGCGCAUCGAGCGUGUCAUUCCCGGCAUCAUACGCAACGAUGCCAUCCUGGAGGAUCUGGAGAAGUACGAUGAACUUUGCGACAUGCCCUCCGCUUCCGUCUCCAAGGCAGACCCCGAGGCAACGGAGUCCACCACCACGGAGACGGUAACCAAGCAUCUGGCGGUAAAGCCCAGCCUUAGCCUUAGCCGCCAAACGGCAGAGUCUGGUCUCACGGGCCAGACGCCCACCAACUCCCCCAAGAAGUCGAAUCUGAUUGCCAAGGCCAUAAAGAAGACCAUGAGCCGUGAGAGCAGUGACAAGGAUAAGGAUAAAGAUAAAGAAAAGGAGAAGGAGAAGGAGAAGGAAAAAGACAAGGACAAGGAUAAGGAUAAGGACAAAAAUAAACCAGAUGACACUUCCAUGGAGCGAGGCACCGAUGAGCCGGUCAACUACUUCUAUCAGCACGCGACGAUCGAUUGCCCCUUCAGUCCCCUUAUACACAUGGACGAUGUGUGCAGCUUCCAGCUGGAUGCGAACAGUCGCUUCCUCAAUGUCUGUGUGUUUGGCAAGUGUGCCGGAGAGAGUGUCCUGCUGGGCUACAACAAUGUCCAGAUUGGCCAGAUACUCGUCGAGUGCUCGGAGACGAGUCUGAAUCAGUGCCUGCGGCAGAUAGCACUCAAUCCGGCCUCCCUGCAGGCAGGAAAGAUGCACGACCUCGCUAAUCAGUCUGGCUUCAAUCCCAAUCUCUGCUUUGGCGACAUUCUUUUCGGCUUCUCCUGGAUGGGCAAUCCGAAUGUUAGCCUAGGCGAUCCACCCACCACCAAGAGCGGCUCCAAGUCGCAUUCCCCAGCCAGAACCCAAUUCGAACGUGGUGGACAGGACGAGCCCUCAUCCGAAACAGUCUCCUCGAAGUCAUCAAGCACAUUCGCGGACAGUGCCAUUUCCAGUGGUGGCUCCUCCAGUGCGUCUCCCCCGCGUGCCCACAGCUUUGUGCGCACGCACUUCCAUCGGGCCACACAGUGCGAUUUCUGUGGCAAGAAGAUCUGGCUGAAGGACGCCAUGCAGUGCCAGGAGUGUUCCAUGUGCUGUCACAAGAAGUGCAUUGCCAAGUGCCAGAAUGCCACUGUCUGUGGGCCCGUAGACUGUUCGGGCUCGGUGCCGCCGCAGCCACCAACUGCCGCAGCCUCCACUCCCUCGGGUGUGACCAGACCGGAGUUCACCAUCACGCAGGCGGAGAACCUUGAGCUGUUUGAGCCUAAAUUGGGCUCUGCGCCACUGGAGGAGGCAGCCGCGAUGGCAGGCGAACAGGGACAGGCACAGGCACAGCCACAGGCACAGGUGCAAGUGCAGGCUGCUGGCCUGGAUGUGCACAGGUCCAGUCUGACGGGCAUGCUGGCGCAGGGGAUCAAGCGUCAGGCAAGCAACCUGGACAUACCUGGCAUUGUCUCGUCGCUGACUGGCAGCGGGCAGCAAAUGAACUCGAAGAGCCUACCGCCGAGCCCUCAGCACACGCCCUCGCGCAAAUCAUCAAUUGUGGAGGAGGUGCCGGUGCCGGCAACAAUGGGGCACCAGAAUCCCUUCGAGCGUGUCACCCAGCACCUUGAGGCACUGCCUGCGGAGUGCACAGUCCUCAGUUUCGAGCAGGUUAUCGUCAUCACCGAGCCAAUCAUACGUCACACCCGCAACGAGGAUCUGAUGAACCUGGCCAAGAGCUCCAGCAAGCAUUUGUACUCCAGUGCGCCGCCAGACGAGCGAGUGGCCAAAAUCAAUGAGCUGCUAACAAAGCUAAAGAUAGCCUUGGAUGCGGAGACAGAGGGCUAUACUAUGAUGAACGAUGCCGAAAAAGCCACAGAAUCAUCGGCCUGGAAAUCAUCAACGAUCAGUGUGGAGAACAGAUCCGACGAGCGGGUGCAGGCCCUCAGUAUUAUCAUGCUCUAUUUGUGCACGGGCCUACAGCAUGCCCAGGGCGUCGUUCUGCAGUAGAAUAUAAUUCAUAGUCCCUACCCUACCCACAUACAAUACCCAGCUAUACACAUACUUACCCGUAUGUACUCGUAGUCGAUUCGUAUACUUAAUUUUAAAGAUCGUAGACUGGAAAUGUGUUAGUGAAGAAACCUAUGGGGCAUUUUUAAUCCGUGUUGUGGCAUACUCUUACCUAAAAAGUAUUUCAUUUUUAGCCCGAUUAUUCCAAUCAAAUGUUCCGUUGACCUUUAUGCUUUACUUGUUUAUUGGUUCGGUAUUAAGAUUUAUCAGAUUUGUAUAUAAUA